AUGGCCGUGGAUGCUCAGCAGUCCCAGGACUCAGGCAGCCCAUCUGUGUCUUCCACGUCGCUUCCUCUUGGGCGCCGGGGUUCACGCGGCUCUAUGGCCACGACUCAGACCGAGCGAGAAUCGAUGAAUGCAGCUCUGGAUCACUACCAUAAUGCAGCGUAUCAGUCCGACUCGCUCACUCUCUUCAACGAUUUUACUAGUCCGCCGGCUCCAGCUGCUACAUCGGAUGAGAAAGGACUAUCUGAUGAAUUACAAGGUGGACUAAGCGGUUUGUAUAGUCGCUUUAGGACCUCCGUCGGGGGAGUGAGGGAUAUUGUCAGUGGUGGAGGGAAGUCUACAGACAAAAAUGCCACAGAAGCUCCUGCAGUCAAGAGCCCUGCGUCGGAGCUUUCGAUCGCAAAAUCAACCUCUGACCUGGCUACAAGCUCUGCUGAUUACCCGCCAUCCCAGCCCAACUCGUCACAGGGAUCAAGGCUCCACUCGCCUGUCGUCUCAGACUUUCACACUCAUCACGAUUCUAUACCACAAUCCAACGUAGGAAAGAGGUCCAGAAUAUCCUCCAAAAGUGGCAGCAUAUCUUCCAAGGCCUCCGUGUCACCAUCCACGGGAACCAAGCCCAGUAUCGCACCGUUAACGAAAGCCACCGGUAGCGCCAUUGUGGCAGAUCCUGCAGUCGCUCAGCUUCAUGCUAACGUAAUUGGAAAUCCCGAGCGCUCAAGAAGCAGCUCUGUCAAUGUUCCCUUCCAGGGAACCCAUAAUACCGAAUCGACAAGUAUCGGCAGCAAGGAAGGCCCCACGGAUCUUUCCGCGAGUCAAACGUCCUCCUCGUUGAGUCAAAAACUUUCAAGUUCGCCGAUUCUGUCUGCAAAGAUGCAUGACAGCCAUCACGAGGAAUUCAACCCCAAAGACUCGUUCUUCUCGACAACCUAUACUCCAGACCAUCAGUCUCGGAAGUCCGUCUCUACUCCAGAUCAACAAAAGCUGCCCGAAAGCUCCAUUCAAUCAGCUGAUGUGCGAAAUCCCAUGCAAUCUGAGCUUAUUCAGGAUCUUAUAUCUCAGCACCCGGGAGAAAGAUCAAAAUCACGAACAUCUUUCCCUUAUGAAGAACCCAAAGCUUCAGUAUCUGCAUCAAAUAGCCUAUCAAGACUUUCCUCUCAUGAUAACAUAUCACAACACAAUCCUGAGAAACUCACAGAUAACCCGGAAGCAAAUAUUUCCCGUGAUAACGCCAACGCCAACGAGCCCCCAAAGGCUACGGCCCCCAGUAGAUCCAAUGAAGACUCAUCGUCCUCAUUGCGAACAGCACGACUGCCUGGCUACGUGAUUUCACGCGCCUCCACGGCUGAAACCACCACAACCGUCUCUUCUUUGUCCCCCCUGAACACUGCAGUCGAUCGGGCUCCUGGUAAAUCUCUACAAGCUAGGCGCCAACCUCCUGCCGAGAACAACGGUGUUUUGUCGCAGCUGAAAAGUAAAUUACUUAGCAGGGAUUUUUGGAUGCGGGAUGAGAAUGCCAAAGACUGCUUUCAUUGUGGAGAACCGUUCACAACAUUUCGCAGAAAACACCACUGUCGAACCUGUGGUCAAAUUUUUGAUUCGAAAUGCACGUUGCUUAUUUCAGGAACACGGUUCGGACAGCCUGGGAGUAUUCGGGUUUGCAAACCUUGCGAGAAGAUGAUCAAUGCGCACGACGAUGAUUCAUCUGAGUUCUCCGAUAGCGAGCAGAGCCCCAUAGUGGGAAAUCCUCGGGUUGCCGAACUCGGAUGGACCAAUACUGGGCGGACAUCUGCGGACGACGAUGAUUCAUCUUCGGUUGUGUCUCAAUCGAUCGAUCACGUUCUGAGAACCCCGACAAUGGCUAUACCGGCCACACGACGUGUCGGAGAGGGGAAUAAUCGCCGCUCGGCAAUUCUCGAAAUUGAUUCUGAUCGCCCUCUAGCGCGACCUACAUCUUCGCGCUCUCUGCGGUCCUCGCUGGGUGGAAGACCGCACUCCAUCAGUCACAAACGUCACCACUCUCGUCAGCAAUAUAUUCGGGGCUUCAAGCCAUAUCAUGAAGAUAGAGCCCCAUUCCAACGCCGACAUGCAGAUGAGGCAGACGCUGAGUCUCGACUCCCCGCAUUUCAUAAAGAUAAUAUCAUUGACCCUGACCUUGCUCAAUAUCUCUCAGAUGAUGCAUCCAGUGGCGAUGAGCAACCCAGUCUUUUGUCUGCGGUCUCCGAGGGCACCCUGUCCAAGAGUGGGGGCGAAAGUGAGAGGGCAUCCUUUGGUGGGCUCCUGGCUGCCGUAAAGAAGGGCAGAUCUGCUUUUGGGGACCGAAAUACCCUUAGUAUGAAUCGAGAUGCAGACGAAGCCAGUACCACCAGCUCAAGGGCCGUGAAUCUACCUCGCUUUUCUCGUCGUCGAAACAUGAGCGUUACUAGCAGUUUUCAACCGCGCCAUUCACCCAGGACGUCAAAGGACAAUAUGCUUGCUCAUGACACCCCGAUACCGGCCAUAUCUUUACCCCAGGGUUCAAAGCAGGUCGGGUUCAAGAUGACUCGGAGUUCAUCAAUGCGGGGCAAUGAUGCGCCACCCGUUGAAUUGAACAAAGCCAGCUUGGAGCACGUACGAAGGCUUCUUCGUCAACUCCUUGUAGAAUCUGCUGUGCCAAAUGGCGACAGCUGGGAAAAUGCGUUGAUGCCAAUACUCUUGAAAGCAGCUGACGAGGUUGACCCAGAUGUCCAAAACGGGGAUGACAUGGACAUUCGGCACUACGUCAAAUUGAAGAAGAUUCCGGGCGGUCGGCCUAGUGACACUUCCUAUGUAUCGGGACUUGUUUUCACCAAAAAUUUGGCCCUGAAAGGCAUGUCACGAAACAUUUUACGUCCAAACAUUUUGAUCAUCACGUUUCCUCUUGAAUACGCUCGUCAGCAACAGCAUUUCAUGAGUCUCGAACCUGUCAUUCGACAAGAGCGUGAAUUUCUAGAAAACUUGGUGAGUCGGAUCUCAUCAUUGCGACCAAACCUGCUGUUGGUCGAGAAAACUGUUUCCGGCCUAGCCCUUGGCCUCCUCGAGCAAGCCGGAAUUGCCACUGCAUACAACGUGAAGCCGUCUGUUCUCGAGGCUGUGUCGAGAUGUACACAGACCAGAAUUAUGACAUCUAUGGAUAAACUCUUGACAGCCACAUUGCAUAGUGAAUGCAGCAGUUUUGACGUGAAAACCUACGUUCAUAAUGGCCGAAAGAAAACAUAUAUGUACAUCUCCGGCUGUCCGAAAGAGCUCGGAUGCACCAUUAUCCUGCGUGGGGCAGAUAAUAAACUCCUCGCCAAGGUGAAAAGGAUCACUGAGUUCAUGAUCUAUGUUGUGUACAAUCUCCGCCUGGAAACAAAUGUUAUGCGAGAUGAAUUUGGGAGGAUCUCAACUGCAACGGCCGGAGAAUCCACAACUGUGUCCGACAAAGAUAAAAGCAACCUGCAUAUUGUCACUCGCGAAGGCGACGAACCUCUACCCGAUGCAUGUACCGCCCAACAGGGAACAAACGAGAAAAGUGGUGAUAUCUCCGAUAGCCAAGUUCUCGUUGGUGCCGAUGCUGCAAAAGUUCCAGACGACAUUCCAAUGCCGACAUACUAUAACGACAUGGUUCAGGAUUACGAAACAAAGAUUUUGUCGGCAUCACCUUUCGUAAAAUUUGAGCCUCCGUAUCUCCUGACGCGUGCGCGCGAAAUGGAACGCAGACUGUCGUAUCUGAAAUCUCUUCGUGAUCAAGACGGCAAUUCCGAUCAGAUUUCCGAUGAAAAGGUCAAGCCGCAGAAGUUUGUCCUCAUCACCCCGGAAAUGGUUCGUCAAUCACCGCAAGAUGCCCCAGCAAAAGUCAAGGAAGUAUUGCGUGCUGCACAUGAAGCCGAGUACGAUCGGGCACUUUAUCACCACCAAACCCAAAAACGCCAGUGGGAAGCCUAUGUAGCGGGAAACCCCAACAUGUUCGACCCUUAUGCACAUCAGAACAUAGUCAUUCUCUACAGUGUUGUGUGCACCACAACAUCAGUCCCCUGCUCAGGCCCAGAUACAUUUGCCCUGGAGUUCUAUAAUGAGCAUGGAGAUGACACGGUUUUCGAGUCAGAUCUUACUAUUGGACAGUAUGUCGAGGACCUUUGUCACACAGCAAAUUCAAUAUGCACUGUUAACGGCUGCGAGAAGCGCAUGUUCGAACACCACCGCCAGUACGUUCAUGGCGAGGCACAGAUCAGUGUCCUGGUCCAACCUUACCCAUCUAAGCUCCUUGGGCUCCACAACACCGUGCUGAUGUGGAGCUGUUGCAAAGUUUGCGGCAAUGAAACUCAAGUCAUGCCUAUGUCGAAGAGCACAUGGAAAUAUUCAUUCGGGAAAUACUUAGAGCUCUCUUUCUGGGGCAGGCACUUGCUUGCUCGUACUGGAGGUUGCUCCCAUGAUUUGCGGCGGGAUUACCUCCACUAUUUUGGCUACAGGGACCUAGCUUUGCGAGUCCAAUAUGACCCUAUUCGUCUUCUCGAGAUCAUCGUCCCACGGCCUCGUGUCACCUGGAAGGUGGACAACGAUCUGAAGAUGAGAAACGAGGUAUAUUUGCGUACCGAGCAACGCCUCAACAAAUUCAUGGCGUCUGUCCAAGAGCGUUUGAAAGGCAUCAACGUCGAGAGUGUCGUUCCUGAGCUGGUGGAGAGCUGCAAGAUGGAAAUCGAGUCUUUGAUCAAGAAGGGUCAUGAAGACCAUAGCUCUUUGCUCCGGCACUUACAGGACAAAUACACAAGUUCUCGCUACUGGGAGAUUAUACCGCUGAAUGAAGUCCUCCGUGCAAUUCAAGAAAAGGUGGUUGAAUGGGACACGACAUUUGCCGAUUUCGAAAUGAACUUUUUCCCAUCUGAAAAAGAUAUCAAGCAUAUGGCAACGCUGCAACUCAAAAAGAUCUUCCUCGACAAAGAUGCAACAUCAGUUUCUACAGAUGAUGCCCUUCAAGCUCCUACGGAUGUUGAAGAUGAAAACAACCAAGCAGUUGACAGGCCACGGAUGAUGCGACGCAUGACACUUUCGCCGGAAAAAGCACAGAAUGUAUUGGUCUCCGUUGUUGAGGAGCAUGCUGGCAAAAAGCAUCGCGACGAAGUCCAUGAAGUCGCGUUGCAGUCGUCUCCGGCGUUGGCCGAGGAAGCAACUUUGUCUGUUGAUGUAGCCGGCGGAACAAGGUCCUCUCCCCAGGAUGAGGCCGUUUCACAGGAAGAAGUCCGUCAUCUUGACUUAGCUGUUCCUACUGGUCAAUCGGAUCGCAGCUCCGUUAGCCACACUAGCAUUCCAAAUCAAUCUUCAAUCAACACUGAUCUCCCUAUGAUCUCUGGCGACGGAUCAUCGGACCCAUCCCCACCGGAAAGUUUUGAGAUUCCCGAUCAAGGAACCAAAAAUGGAACUGAAGACAGCGGGGUUCCCGACAUGCCAAGUACCCCGGUACGUCGGCCUUCGGCGAUACCGAGACCUACCGAACCAGCAUUUCGACGCUCCGGUAAGACACGAUCUCCUCCGCUUUUGCGCACCCAAUCUCAACCAGCAAAUCUACCACGGACAUCUCACAGCAUUCCACUUCCGGGGUUGAAAAUGGCGUUCACCAACCAUAUCGAUCCGGAAAAGUCUGCAGGACAAUCACCAACAAAGUCAUCAGAUAGAAAGCUGAGCGAUCGUUUGGGCUUGAGUUCCCUCAAGACUGCCAGGUUUAGCUCUGGUCACUCGCUUAUCCCACGGUCUGCUCCAGGUAAAAGGGGAAUAUCGCAGGUUUCUCAUCUUGCCAGGCAUUUCGAGCAAUUGAGUCGUGAGUUCGAAAAAGAGAGACAACGCGAAAGGCGUCAACGUGCUGCCAAGGGCACUCACUCACGAGCAUUCCCAUUGGCGUCGUCGAAGCCAAUCGUGGAGGUAUAUCGAAACGUACGAGAGGCUGUUGAAGAACGUGAACCACCGGUGGAUAGUGAUGAAUCUUUGCCCUCGGCUCCACGGAUCCCAAUGGACGACAUAAGUCGUAAGAGCGAUGAACUUACACAUGACCAUAUAUCUCAUGAUGAGCCAUCUCUUCCAAGUGAUUCUCCCCCAGAGCCUACUGGAGACAGUGCUCUAUGUUCUGACAACCAACUAUUGUCUGGUGGUGAGGCAGAUGAUCACCAAAGUGAUGAGGAACAAAACAUGGUUGAAGAUCUCCAUCCAGUAGAUUCCCAUGAAGAGGCGAAACAGUCGGCAGAGGAUGACUCAAUUGAAUUUAAAGAGCUACCUAAACACGAGCGCACUACCCUGCUAAAAAUGCUGACGAACUUCUGGUCCGAACGCUCUGCGAGUGGGUGGGCGUCUCUUGACUAUCCACUCAGUGUCAUGGAUCAUGUCUUUGCUGAUUGCAAUAUUAUUGUUCGAGAGGAUGAACCAAGCUCUUUGGUAGCGUUCGCUUUGGACUCUUUCGACUACAAAGAAAAGCUUUCAAGCAUUCAACAGCGAUUUGACGAGGCGGAAGAACACAAACCAGACGUUGGAGAUGACAUCGAGACUGAGAAGGAAGCUAGGGUCGAGCAUGCUCUUUUGCGACCUACGGGCACACACCUCAAGUAUCAAUUCCAAGAAGGCCAAGCCAAGAUGCUGUGCAAAGUGUUCUACGCCGAGCAAUUUGAUGCUCUGCGUAAAAAGUGCGGUGUAGCAGAUCGAAUCGUCGAGUCUUUGUCUCGCUGCGCAAAGUGGGACUCAAAGGGUGGCAAGACAAAAUCUUUGUUCUUGAAGACUCUUGAUGACCGUUUCAUUCUUAAGUCACUAUCACCGAUUGAGACGCAGGCUUUUCUCAAAUUUGCCCCGGCCUAUUUCCAAAUCAUGUCCGAAGCCCUGUUCCAUGAACUCCCUUCCGCAAUCGCCAAGAUGUUUGGCUUUUACCAAGUCAUUAUCAAGAACCCAGUCACAGGAACAGAGUUCAAUUGGUUCUUAUUGCUAAUGGAGAACUUGUUCUACGACCGUGUCCCUACACGUAUCUUCGACCUGAAAGGCUCAAUGCGAAACCGCAAAGUAGAGAGCACUGGUGAACGGGACGAGGUUCUCUUGGAUGAAAACAUGGUGGAUUUCAUCUAUGAGACACCUCUAUUUGCCCGCGAGCACUCGAAGAAGCUUCUUGGCCAAAGUGUAUGGAAUGACACACUAUUCUUGGGUCGCCAAGAUGUCAUGGACUACUCGCUCAUGAUCGCCAUUGAUGAAAGCCGCGACGAACUGGUGGUAGGAAUCAUUGACUGCAUCCGCACCUACACAUGGGACAAAAAGCUCGAGUCCUGGAUCAAGGACAAAGGAUUUGGUGGCGGUGGCCGCAAUCGACCAACGGUCACAAGUCCCAGGGAAUACAAGGGCCGCUUCCGUGAGGCAAUGGCUAGAUAUGUGCUUCAGGCUCCAAGCUGCUGGCAUCAAUUCCAACCAACUGCGACGUACCGCUAUGAGAACCAGAUCACUCAAGUUGAGACUGUUGACGAGAGCGGGUAUGCUGAAGAUGCUGGUUUCUGA